UUAUCUUCAAACUGCUGAUCAAGCCUGGUGAUUUCACUGUAUAUCAAGACUGAAACACUAUUUUUGGAUGUCAUGACAAGAGUUGAGUGAUACGAUAUUUUAGCGGUCUGAAACUUCAAGCUGAAGGACCAAUAUUUGCUGGACUUACAAAAAGCUGCGAACCAAAGCCAGUAGAGAAAGGAAAGACAGUUCGUGAUUUAAACAGGGAUAGCUUGCCAAUUAUAAUUGAAACAUACCCCUUUUCACUUUAGUGAAUCUGAGACAAACAUGGCGGACAACAUUAGACGAGUCCUCACUGGAGAUGUGACGAAUUUACCACGAAAGGAAUCCAACAUAGUACGAAUAUUUACAAGCUCGACUUUCACAGAUACCACGGAGGAAAGAAAUCGCCUCAUAAGGGAUGUGUAUCCAAGCCUACGGAAUUUCUGUCAGCAGCGAGGAUUAGAAUUCCAAGUUGUGGAUAUGAGGUGGGGCGUGCGAGAUGAAGCGACUGCUGACCACAAAACCAACGAGCUGUGCAUGCAGGAGAUCAAGAACUGUCAAAGACUUACGCCCGGACCAAAUUUUGUGUGUCUUCUAGGCGACAAAUAUGGCUAUCGACCAUUUCCUCACAAAAUCCUAGCAACUGAGUUUGAGAUCCUGCUAGAAGUGGCUCGAGAAACUUAUGACCAACCUGAUCAUAUCGAUUUACUUCUGGAAUGGUUCUGGAAGGACACAAACGCAAUCCCGGCUGAAUACGUUCUUCAGCCGAUCACGUAUCACUUUCCUCACUACACUGACUUGAGCGAGGCCAAUGAGGAGCUACACAGGCAGGAGAGGGAACAAUGGUGGAAGAUUUUUCAGUCGUUUCAAAGACUUUUUAAAAGGACCGCAAGGACCGCCACAGAAAGGAGGAAGAUUACAUUACAGCAAGCUCACAAGUAUUUCAGCUCAGUGACCGAGAAAGAAAUUGAACAUGGUAUUCUUAGUUCUUCAAGCCCUGACGACCAAACUCUUUGCUAUAUACGCCACAUCUCUGAUAUCGAAGUAAAUCUCACUGAUCAGAAUUCUCGAAAGUAUACCGACGUUUCCGAAGGGAAACACGACCACGAAGCACAAGACUUCUUGAACAAAUUGAAACGUGACCGUUUACUUCAGAGGCUUGGGGAUAACAACAUCACCCGCUUUGAAAUCCCAUGGAGCAAUGGGGGAAUAAACGUGUCUGACAGAAUGCACGAACAAUACUUAAACAAUUUCUGUGACAAGGUUGAAUCAGAUGUUCAGAGACUGAUCAAUAAGAGCUUACAAAAUGCUGUAAGAGAAAAAGCGAUGGAGUCCGGCUUGUACAAAGAGGUUCUGCACCAUGCCUGGUUUUGCCAAGACAAGUGCGAAGCAUUUAGAGGGCGGGAGGAUGUUCUUCAGAAGAUACGAACGUCAUUGAAAGACUUUGAAAAGAUUGAGCCUUUGGUCAUUUAUGGAUCGUCAGGCUCUGGUAAGACGUCUAUUAUGGCCGUUGUCGCUAGGUCGGCAAGACAAUGGCUGGGGGAUGGCACUGUCUGUGUUUUCCGUUUCCUUGGUACCUCCCCAGACAGUUCAUCGAUUCGAUUUACAAUUACAAGUAUAUGCCUUCAGAUAUGUGAAGUGUACAGUUUAGAAGCCCCAAAAGGUGAUAUUUUAGAGGACUUUUCUCAAUUGGUACGAUUUUUUCACGGUCUUGUCACUCGUUUGCCCGUCAGUGGUGAUAAGCCAUUGGCACUUAUCUUAGAUUCGAUAGACCAGUUGUCUGCGACAAACAAUGCUCAUUUAAUGAACUGGCUCCCCAAAAAGUGCCCCCAGUUUGUCAAGAUUGUUAUUUCGGUACUACCAGAUUAUCACCAAAUUCUCUCAAAUCUGAGCCGGAGUCUUCCCAUAGAAAGAUCUUACAUCGAAGUCCCAUUCCUCACCAUUGAAAUGGGCCAAGAAAUUUUAGAGGCCUGGCUCCAAGGAAUCGGGAGAACCUUGACACACGAACAGUUCCAGUUGGUCUUGUCAAGUUUCACCAAAUGCCCUCAGCCUUUGUUUCUUAAGCUGAUAUUUACUGAAGCAUCAAGAUGGGAUUCUUACACAGAUGUCACUGGGCUGGAUCUUGGAAGUGAUGUUCGCCAAGCCAUUCAACUUCUUUUCCAACGCCUGGAACGCAAACACGGCAAGACUCUCACUUCGCGUGCCCUCAGUUACAUCACAGCUGGUCGAAAUGGUAUCACUGCAAACGAGCUAGAAGACGUAUUGUCACUGGAUGAUGACGUCAUAGAUGACGUUUAUCAGUAUUGGGAUCCUCCUGUUGAGGGUGUCGUUCGCUUGCCAAACCUAUUGUGGGCGCGUAUACGUCAUGACAUCGACGAAUUCCUGACCGAGCGACAGGCAGAUGGAAAAACUGUUAUUGCUUGGUACCAUCGACAGUUCUGGGAGGCUGCGCAGAGCCAGUACCUGUCAAGACCCGAGGAGAAGCAGGCCAGACAUUUUUUACUCGCAGAGUAUUUUGAAGGAAGGUGGGGUGGAGGACGUAAGAAGCACAUCAUUCUGACUCACAGAAAGAAAACACUGCCUGAUGCAGACAGACAAGUCUCCAGUCAGCCUCUUAUGUUUAGUAAAAGUGUUUUUAACUUGAGAAAGCUUAGCGAAAUGCCAUUUCAUCUCAUUUACUCUGGUCUCGGUGACAGAUUGGCUAGUGAAGUGUUAUUCAAUUUUGAGUGGAUCUACGGAAAAGUGCGUGGCCAGUCUUUGAGCGAGGUCUUAGAGGAUUACGUCGUUGCUCUGGAAGUGAGGCCUGAACUGGAUGUAAGAUUUGUUCAUGACACACUCAUCCUGGCAUGGAGCAACAUCAAGCAGGAUGUGGAUUGCCUGGCGACUCAGCUGCUCGGAAGACUCCUCACCUUCAGAGAGCAGUUUCCACGGAUCGCCGAUCUUAUUACGCAAUGUUACCGCUGGUGCGAUGCACAGCAAUCCCCUCUCUUCGUUCCCCAAUGCGCCUGUCUGAUCGCAGCUGGUGGACCGCUGAAAACCAAUUUGCGCGGGCACGAGCAAAGAGUGAACGAGAUCGCCGUUACAAGGGAUGAUAAAUUUAUUGUCACUUCAGGCGAGGAUUCACUCAUCAAUGUGUGGAACAGUAGUAAUCUGGACUGCCUUCACACGCUAAAGAUGGUAGAGAAUGGGCCAAGUUGCCUUGCCUUAUCUCUAGAUGAUAAGUACAUUAUUGGCUCGGCCGCAGCGAGUGUGGGAGUAUGGGACAUCGAUUCGGGGGAAGCUGUACAGCAGUUUCACAAUGAAAGGGUAGUCACAUGCUUAGUUACUGGUCCUGACGGCACUUGUGUUGUUACAGGUGGAGAUGAUGGGAUUGUUCGAGUGUGGCACACAUUCUCUGGAACAAAGGAGAAAACCCUUAGCGGCCAUGAAGGACCAAUCAACGCUAUCGUUAUAUCACCAAACAGUGAAAUAAUCACUGGCUCCAAUGAUAGCACGGUAAGGGUGUGGUCGCUUAGCUCUGGAGAAUGCCAGGCUGUGUUUGACGGUCAUAUGGGCUCUAUUCUCUGCCUGGCGUUAACAUGUGAUGGAGAAAGCGUCAUAUCUGGUUCAGAAGACAAGACCGUCAAAGCCUGGGAUCUAAAGACAAAGAGCUGUGCUACCUUUAAAGGCCACACAGGCUUAGUGAAAUGUCUCACUUCCAUGAAGGAUGGCCGGCGAAUUGUAUCUGGAUCAAAGGAUCAGUCAUUGAAGAUCUGGGACCUCGUCACUUUGCAAUGCUGUGUCACAUUGAAAGGUCACACAAACGUUAUUUGGCGUGUCGCAGUUGCCUCAGAUGACAGUUUUAUUGUAUCUGCUUCUAAGGAUGAUAUGUUAAAGGGUGUAUCAAGAGUAUCUCUGGUUCUAUUGCAUGCAUCUUUACAAUGCACAACUCUACUCGAGUAGUAACUGGCAUGCACAAUGGAGAGAUCACCAUUUGGAAUUGCGACAAUUUGCAGGUCGAGGAAACGUUCAAAGUUCACCAGGGUAGUGUGGUAUCGAUAAAAGUAUCCAAAGAUGACAGUUUUAUUGUGUCAGCAUCGAGUGACAAUACGACGGGUCUCACCCAAAUUUGCGAGGGCCAUGCAAAGCAACUUGCAGGCCAUUCAGACGCUGUGCUAUGUGUAUCUCUUCUGAGUGGAGAAGAUUACGCCAUCUCAGGAUCCAAAGAUAAAACUGUCCGUUUGUGGAACUUGAAAACAAUAAACUGCGAGAGGUCCUUUGAGGGACAUACUGGACCUGUUGGCUGCCUGGCAUCAACGACUGACAAUACGAUCAUUGUAUCAGGUUCUGAGGACUUCAAACUCAAGGUUUGGAGCACUCAAAACGGAGACUGCUUGCAUACUUUAGAUGGUCAUAACGCCUCUAUCAAAUGUAUAGGAAUCACCAAAGACAAUCUAUUUGCUUUUGCUGGCUCCCACGAAGGAAAAGAGCAGCUUUUAUUAUGGAACCUCAAGACUGGGGGCCGCACGAGAAGCUUUAUCGGACAUACCCACGCAGUGAUGCACCUCAAGAUUCUUCCAGAAGACAUGAUGGUGACAAGCUCUCGAGAUGGUACCAUUAAACUUUGGAACAUUGUCAGUGGAGAAAUGAUCAACUCUUUCGAUUUUCAGUCGCAAGUGAAAUACUUUGUCCUCCAUCCAGCUGAUGGUGGUUACUAAGUGAUGCUGGCCACGCAAUCUGGUACGGUCUCCUUUUUAAAGCUCCAGCUCAGUAAAGAGGACACCGAAAAAGGCUCAACAAUGCCGACACAUGCAUAUGCUGUUUUCAAUACAAUCGACGUAGAAAGCUCUCCUUCAAAAGCAACGACUAAUGAGGGAGGUCGUUGUUCCUUUUGUGAAAACACUAAUUGCUGCCGACAUUGCGCUCUAAUGUGAUUUAACAGAACCAGCCAGAAUAUGGCGCUGGAAAACAAAGUUUCUUGGUGACACUGAAAUUCACUAUAGAAUUCCAUAAUUUUAUUUAAGCGUGACCACCCAAAAAGAACUUAUGAGAGUAUAUUUCAACUUCAAGAUACGAUUUCUCUGUUCAUGCUCCAGAUGCGUAAUUUGGUGUGGGCUUAUCGGCAGAAUGAGGCUACUUUAACUAAAUCAGACGUUUUUGAGGGAAAUUUUUAUAGCAAAAACAGUCCUAACAAAAGCCUUACCUCGUGUAAGGACAAUUUGUUUUCAAUUCACAUGCUGAAACAGCAAAAGACAAACAGACAUACAAAUCUUUAAGUAAUAAGAAGCAAACAUUCGAAAUCGCUUACAUAUUGUCUGCGCUUAUGAGUAAGAGUGGAGCUAUGUAUAAUAUGUAUAAUAUAUAAUACAUAUAAUAAACAAUUAUAUAGGAAAAUAAAAAUUAAAACUUCGCACUAAAACCUCGCAUUACAGAUCUGUUUCGAAAGGGUUAAAAGUCCUCUCUUAUCUGGUGCAUAAGAUACUAGUUGACUAACGAUCCUUUUUUAAGUAGGUGGUUUGAGCA